AUGCCAAGGUUUCCCAUCAAAGACUGUAAAAUAAUCGUUCUUAAAGCAUAUGACAUUUCGAUAAGCAGAAGAAAAACCUAUCUUGAUUGCAAGCGUGCUUUUGAAAAAAUCUAUGGUACUUGGGAGGGUUCUUUUGCCGAGUUGUCGAGGUUCAUGGAAGCUUUGAAACACUUCAAUCCCAGAACAAUAAUUGAAUGGAAAACAGAGCGGCGUGUCGAUGUCAUUGAAGGUGUAUUCAACUAUGUGUUCUGGAAUUUUAAACCAUGCAUUGAUGGAUUUGUGUUUUGUCGUCCUGUUAAAUCGAUCGACAGAAUGUAA